CAACGUUCACUGGAAUUCGUGUUACUCUAACAGUAAAUUUCUUCACUAAAAUUACUGACAAACAAAAUGACCUACCGAAGUCACAUGGUUGGUCCAUCCCGUGCCUUCGACCAUAUCUACGAUCCGUUGUUCGUCGCUUCCGAUAGGAAAGAUGUGUGCAAAGCAAACCAAGCCGCCCUGUGUCGCUCGGCACCUAUCGGCAUUUUCCCGGUGUACCAAACCAUGUUCAGCGAGCUCCCACGAAUGACUCGAAAUCAUUAUGUCAUGCAUCGGAAUCCGCUACCGUAUAACCCAGAUGUGCAGGUGAGUUGCGACUACACACAACCGCACGCUCCGGAUUUAUCUCGAAUCUUGGGCACCGAGCGGUCAAAGUUUUUCUGUCAUCCUACUGCUGGGGAGACCGGUGCGAUACUGAAAAUGAGUGACAGUGUAGAUGAUUUUUACCCUUGUGAUACGGCGGUAGAACCCCGAUUCAAGGAUGCUGCUUCGCAAACCAUCUAUCGAGACUCGUCUGCCCAAACUCAACCGUGGAUGCCACAGGCCGUUGUGAGGGAUGCUGACUUGGGAACACCGGAGGUCGUUUAUGUGGCAGAAAUGUUGCAACAUACGCGGUAUCCGGGAGUUAACGAUGUUGAGAUCAUCGAGCGAGCUCGAAAGAAACGCAACUGGGAAUACGCGCUGGGAAGUUGCGACUCCGCCGAUGAGUGGGCCCAGCAAAAAUUGACACUUCAGAUCUUCGAAUGGGAAGAAUGGGUGGCACGAGAACGCCAAAUUGAUCGAUACCAAAUGCUUCGCUUACAGUUGGUAGCAAAAAUAAUGGACAAGCGGGAAAGGGAUACGCUGCAAGCAACGGAAAGUAAGAUGGAAAACACCAAAAAUAGGAUAAACUCGGAAAGAAACAAAGCGAUGGAAAAGCUGCGAAUCAACUACGAGAGAAAUAUUCGCAAGUUGGAAAAGAAACGGAUGAAUUCGAAGGCAAAUAAAUACCGCUCAUCGCAUAUUACGAAACCGGCGGAAGCAGCGGUAUUACCGGUGUCACCCAAAAAAGGACUUUCUAAUAAAGCCUAUAAUUAUAAUCCCAGUUUAGUCGAAGUAGGAAUGGCUAAACUGGAUCGCAAAAUAACUGUAAGUCGCAAACCCACGGAUGAUAGCAAACAGCGCUCCGAAUUGUGGAAGCCAAAAGAGAUCUGUCGCGAGUACCAAAAAGGAUUCUGGUCUGAUAAUUUCCUGAAGAAACUUUAUGAUUCAUUGAAGCAUUUCCGCCACAAGAAGGACACGCCACCAUCGAUUCCGGAAUGUUUAAUCGUAGUAUCCUCGCCAACGGAGGGUACGAUUACACCUCCCCCGAGACUGAGCGAGGAACUGGAGGGCGACAAUCUUUACCAGCAAGCAGUUUUGCUGCAGAAACUCAUCCGAGGACGUGCGACCCAGGAAAUGAUUCAUAAGGACUACGCAGCUGACCGUGAUAUGGUGGAAGAUCUGAUUGCCACGCAUCGGCUGCCGGUUGUCGAAGAAUUUUUUCCAAUAGCUCCGCUCAAAACAGGAAGCGUUCGGGAAAAAUACCUUCACAUCCUUCGCAACGAGCAACUGUUGGAUGAGUUCGUAGAGAAUUGUACUCAUGCUCAAAUGACUUCUCUGAUGGCAACCCUGGAACGUGAACUCACUCGGCUUCAAAACGAACGAAACAUGCAAGCAUUCUAUCUUCUAACCGAACAGGAACGUUACUUCCGGGAGGCACGCGAAGCCCGCCAUAUUUCCGAAACUAAAUAUCAGGACAACGAGGAGAUGGCCAUUUAUUUAGAAAAUGCUCUGCUGGAAAAUGUCGAACAUCAAAAUCUGGGCGAUACUCGUGAAAAAAUCCACGAAUUGAUAAAACAGCUCGAUUCAGAGGCGGACAAGCGUAUUGUUGACGAACCCUGUCACCAACAGGGAACUAUCGCUUCCUGCCACAUGGAUGAGAUGCUAAUGCCGGACAUGUUCCGUAGGCUUGCUCGGGAAAAUAUAAAAAUCAAGCAGAAACCAUUGCUGGCGGCAGCUCACGAAGCCAUUUUUGAACAGGUUGAAUGUAAACCGCUUGACUCAGUUCCAAAGGAGGUAAUGGAGACGCUUCGGAGUGAAGCUGUUAUUGCUGAAGCUGAAGCCAUUGGAACGGAAGACACUGUUGAAGAACUUGAGACGAGAAGUGAAGGACAGAUUAUUAUCGGUGACAUUUUGAGUCAGAUGAUCGAAAGUGUGCUUUCAGAGAAUGAGGUAGAGGAGAUACCGGAAGACGAUAUGAAUGAUUUCUUCGGAAUUGCGGAUGGUGCUGAAACCGAAAAUGGGGAGGAUGUUGAACGAAUGGCAGUCGAGCUGGUCGAGGACAUGUUAAACUUUGUGUGUGAGGAAUAAUUUGCCUUGAUAAGUAAUAAGCUUAUUCUGAAUCCCGGUCGUCAACUCAUAUUUGAUUCGACAGAUUUAGACCAAGACUGCAAAAAUGAUAAGAGGAAAAUAUGAAGUCCAUUGGAAUGAAAUUAUUUUAUUUUUUACUAAUAAAAUAUUACGUUUGAUAUAGGGUAUUUGAUCCAAAAUAUUUAUUUAUUUGAGAUACCGUACAGAUCAAGCGUAAACGACUUAUUAUAGUCUUAAAAGUAUAUAAUCAUUAACUUAUAACUAGAUUUAGUAGUACGAUAAUCGAAGACGUAGGGGUCAACUUCCUAA